CUUUGGCACAAUCACUAUUAUUACAAACCAAAUAUUUAAAAGAAAAAAAACCAUUUAAUCAAUUUCAUAUAGAGAAAGAUUAAAUGGGUGUAGUUUUUCUAUCUAUUUUGAUCUUUUUUCUCACUCUAUUAUGGUACAUUUCUUUAAAGAGAGACAAGAAGGCAGCCAUUAGAGAUGGAACUAAGCUCCCUCCUGGUUCUUUAGGAUGGCCUUAUAUUGGAGAAACUCUUCAACUCUAUUCUCAACACCCCGAUUUUUUUUUCGCUGCCAAACAAAAAAGGUAUGGAGAGAUUUUUAAGACCCAUAUACUUGGAUGUCCUUGUGUGAUGUUGGCUAGUCCUGAGGCAGCGAGAUUUGUGUUAGUGACACAGGCUCAUUUGUUUAAACCAACAUACCCCAAAAGCAAAGAGCUUUUAAUUGGCCCAUCUGCUCUGUUUUUUCACCAAGGUGAUUACCAUUGCCGUCUAAGGAAGCUGGUUCAGAGCUCUCUUUCUUUGGACUCCAUCCGUACCUUAGUCCCCGAUAUCGACUCCGUGGCCGCCUCCGCCCUCGACUCCUGGGCCACCUCCGGUGUUAUUAACACCUUUCAUGAAAUGAAAAAGAUAUCAUUUGAAGUUGGGAUAUUGACCAUUUUUGGCCAUUUGGAAGCUGCUUACAAAGAUGACCUUAAAAAAAACUACAGCAUAUUGGAAGCAGGCUACAAUUCUUUUCCCACCAACAUUCCAGGAACUCCAUACAAAAAGGCACUCUCAGCAAGAAAGAGGCUAAAUAAAAUCCUAGGUGACAUAAUUCAUGAGAGGGGAGAAAGAAGGCUGAGAGAAAAGGAUUUAUUGGGGAGCCUUCUCAAUUCCAUUGAUGAUGAAUGUGAAGUUAAAAUAAGUGAUUCCCAAAUAGCAGAUAACAUAAUAGGAGCGCUUUUUGCUGCUCAAGACACCACUGCCAGUGUCAUGACUUGGAUUGUUAAGUACCUCCAUGACCGUCCCAAGCUUCGUCAAUCCAUAAAGGCUGAGCAAGAGGAAAUUUUAAAAUUAAAUUGUGAGAAUAAUCAAGGGUUAAAUUGGGUACAGACAAGGAACAUGCCAAUCACUUACAAGAUGGUAUUGGAGAGCUUAAGGAUGGCCAGCAUUAUAUCAUUCACUUUUAGAGAGGCUGUAGCUGAUGUGGAAUACAAAGGAUACUUGAUUCCAAAAGGUUGGAAAGUGAUGCCUUUGUUUCGGAACAUCCAUCACAGUCCAGAAUAUUUUCCUGAUCCUCACAAUUUCGACCCUUCUAGAUUUGAGGUUGCACCAAAACCCAAUACAUUUAUGCCAUUUGGCAGUGGAGUUCAUGCCUGCCCAGGAAAUGAACUUGCCAAGCUCGAGAUCUUGAUCAUGAUUCAUCAUCUAGUCACCAAGUUCAGGUGGGAAUUGGUUGGCUCGCAAAACAGGGUUCAGCAUAGUCCAUUUCCCGUUCCCUUUCAAGGCCUUCCAGCGAGAUUUUGGAAGAUAGCCCAUUAGAAAACUGUAGACGGGAAUAUGAGCCCGCACUAAGUGGGCCGAUUGCCAUCCAAUCCAAAUCCCAGCCCAAGCCCAAGACUUGGGCUGUCGUUUCAAGAAUCCAUUUUCUCCUCUCCCCUUCUCCAUCUGUACUCAAACAGUUUAUAUUAGUCUAAAAUUUUAAUUUCAUAAAUAAUCAAAACUUUCAACUAAUUAUACCAAA